AUGGCAGUGCAAGAGAACAUAAACAACGAGGAUGUCGAGUUGGGGGACAACAGACAUGGCUCUCAACAUUCCGGGGGACUCGACAAGGGUGCGACGGCGCGGACGGAGGUUGGCACAUUGAAACGACGACUGAAGUCUCGACAUGUUCAAUUUCUUGCUCUAUCCGGAGCCAUUGGAACAGGUCUAUUUGUGGGCACAGGUCAGGUUCUUUCAUUAGCGGGACCACUGUCUGCGGUGCUUGCCUAUCUCAUUACGGGCUUCAACCUUUACGCGGUCAUCAACAGCAUGGGCGAAAUGGCGACCUGGCUACCGCUUCCCGGUGCAGUUCCCGUAUAUGCAUCUCGUUUUGUUGACGAGGCCUUGGGAUUUACCUUGGGAUGGAACUAUUGGUACCAGUUUGCUAUUGGCGUCCCAAUCGAGAUCAGCGCGGCUGCCCUUGUCAUCGACUACUGGCCCAGCAGCAUUCCUUCGGCAGUGUGGAUCACGGUCCUGUAUGUGGCAAUCAUAACUGUGAAUAUGCUCCCUGUUCGGGUCUAUGGCGAAGUGGAGUUUUUCCUCGGAUCAAUCAAACUCACCACAAUUGUGGGAUUGAUGUUGCUCAUGCUUAUUAUCACACUCGGUGGUGCACCAACCAAUGAUCGUAUAGGGUUUCGCUACUGGGACAAUCCAGGGCCAAUGAACGAGUAUCUGGAGACAGGUUCAUUAGGUCGCUUUCUAGCCUUUUGGAAAGUCUUCAUCCAAGCCACAUUCAGCUACGGCGGCAGCGAAAUGGUUGUUGUCGCAGCAGGAGAGACCGAAAAUCCGCGGCGCAACAUCCCAAAGGCGGUUCGCCGUGUUUUCUGGCGCAUUGCUAUCUUCUAUGUCGGAAGCGUCUUCUUGGUUGGACUAUGCGUCUCAUCUAAAGAUAAUAGACUACUCAAUGCCAUUGACGCGGGCGCUGCAGGAGUUGGGGCAAGCCCUUUUGUCAUUUCCAUUGAAAACGGAGGCAUUCAGGUGCUUCCUUCGAUCAUCAAUGCUGUCGUUCUCACUUCUGCCUUGUCUGCGGGCAAUUCGUUCUUUUAUGCAUCCACUCGAAUUCUCUACUCCACGGCCCUAGAUGGAAAAGCGCCUCGCAUCCUUCAAUUUGAAAGAUUCGGUGUUCCAUACGCAUGCGUUGCGGUCACUGCCGCAUUGAGUUUGCUUGUCUAUCUCAAUGUUUCAUCCAGCUCAGCCGAGGUAUUCUUUUGGAUUAGCAAUUUGAGCUCUGUCAGCACGCUGAUAGUAUGGACCUCUAUUGCGGUGACUUAUAUUCGCUUCCAUCGAGGGAUGAAACAUCACGGCAUACCACGCUCCUCACUCCCCUUUCAGUCACCUCUUCAACCCUUCAUGGCCUACUUUGCCAUGAUCUUCUCCUCUACUGUGGCGUUCUUCAAUGGGUUCGAUGCAUUUUUCCCUGGCCACUUCAGUGCGAAGAGCUUCAUCCCCCCGUAUAUCGAUAUUCCUAUAUUUGCCAUGCUGUUUUUGGGAUACAAGUUUAUCAAGGGAACCAAGUUUGUCCGGAUAGAAGACAUGGACUUCCUGUCUGGCAAGGAAGAGACUGACGAGCUUGAAUCGACAUGGGAAGAACCGAAGCCUCGUAAUAUUAUUGGUAAGUUGACACUAAAUCUCCCUUCGUCUGACUCAAAUUUCCUUCCUUCUGACUAA